UUAAUCUUCAAACACAAACAAUUAUAAUUGCCACAAUUUCAAUAGGAUACUCGUUGCUAUCAGCAAUUGGUACAAUUCAAAGCUGGGCUUAUCCAAUUUUAUUAGAAGAAAAAUUUAAUUUAAAUGAUUACAAUGAAAACCAUUGUCACAAAAUAUCAAGUUUUCCAUUUUUUUUACCUCUAAUAUUUCCUGAAAUUGUUGGAAAUAUAUUUAUUUUACUAUACAUGAUAUCUUCUGGAUUUUUGUUACGUGGUGCAAUACUGUGUGAAAAAUAUUGUCUCAUUCCUUGGCUUACUUUGACAUCAUUUUGUAUUGUUUUACACGUUGGAAGUUCAAUAAUUGAAUUCGCAGUAUUUUUUUCAGUCAAAUGUUCAACUCCAGAUAAAUUUACAUCACUCAUUGGAUUAUUAUUUAUUUGUGUUGUGGAGAUGUAUUUUAUAGCGACAAUUUAUUUUUUUUACGACAAGCUAGAUGAUGAUUUUUUGAAUCAACAAAAUGAUAAUUAUUUGACUCAUCAUAGUCCAGUAACUAAUAAUCAUAUAAAUAUUACACCAGGUGUUUAUACACUUUCAUCGACAAUUACAAAUGAAUUACCACCUGCAUAUGAUCAAAUACCAUCAAAUAAUCCACCACUAUAUGCAGAUGCAAUUGCACAAAUUAUUGUCAACAAAUCUAAUCAGUAAGAAUAAUUUAUUUCCUAUUGUAAAUAUUAUUUAAAUAAUUUUGUAAAA